AUGGCCAAACCAAUCCAUUUCCCCGGCCCACAUGAGCCCGUACACAUCUUCCAGGACGACUUCUUCGAGCGACAGGCGCCCAUGACCUGCCACGCGCCCAUGCCCGCCAUCACAAAGCCCGCCCGUCGCCCUCUGAGCAGCUCUAGCUCAAACGUCAUCCUCAACCCUCCCUACGCGUCCCACGCCAAUUACUCUCCCCACAAGACCAACUCGUCGUCUCCUCGCUCCCCCCUCAAGUCCUCCAACGGCAGCAAGCUGAACAUGGUGUCCAUGGCUCCCCCCAUGGGCAAGGGGCCCACGACCGACUCCCUCCAAAAGCGACCCCAUCUCUCAAAGUUCAAGACGGCUGCCGCCCAACGCUCUGCCUCCGCCCCGAGUAUCCAUUUCGGCAAGGAAAACGUCCACCCGCAAAUCUUUCCUGCGCCCCCCACCAUCAAUCUAUCCCUCGAAAACUACUACCAAAAGCCCAACGGCAAGCGCGGCCUGAUGGACGCCGCCCCCAUCAAGGACGCGAGAUCGGCCAAGAAGACAAAGACGGACGACGCCACUCUCCCGCCCCACGACUCUUUCCCGCCCACCCAAGACGACGGCACCAAGCCCCCUCACAGCUACGCCCAGCUCAUCGGCAUGGCUAUUCUCCGAUCCCCCCUGCGCAGAUUGACCCUCGCCCAGAUCUACAAAUGGAUCAGCGACAACUAUUCGUUUUACAACCCCAAUGACGCUGGCUGGCAAAACAGCAUCCGGCACAACCUGAGCCUCCACAAAAACUUCAUCAAGAUUGAGCGGCCCAAGGACGACCCGGGCAAGGGCAACUACUGGGGAAUCGAGCCGGGCACAGAGUUCCAGUUCCUCAAGGAAAAGCCCAGUCGGAAGCCCGCCACGGCCCCCGUGCAGGAGCCGACGCUGCCUCCCCCGGCCCCCAUGCACCACUGCAGCCUCCCGCCCCUGCCCACGUCCCAGGCCACCAUGUCGAUGCCCCUGGAGCUAUCCUCGGACGCCACCAUUCCCAUCUCCGACAACGCCCCGCACGACGAGCCGGCGGAUAAGUCGGCCGAGCACGAGCUGCCCGUCGAGUCGUCGCUCUACUCGCCCCUGCCCGCCAACAUGCACUCGUCGCCCCCUGUUUCCAGGAACCUGGAGAGGCGCAGCGGCACCCCGCCAUCUGCCGCCCGCAACCCAGGCUCGUCGGCGACGCGCUCCCACAAGCGCAGGUUCGCGUCCAUGGACGACAGCGGCUACAUCUCUUCGCUCGAGUCGUCCGUCAUGCGCCCGAACCAGAAAGCGCUCUUGCUCACCUCGGAGGCUGACCGGCCCCGCAUCAAGCGCGGCCGCGCCGAAGAGGAGAUUGCGCGCCUGCGCGGAUCCUCUCCCUUCAGCCCGACCAAGUCGCGCUCGCUCUCGACCUACGGCCCUGUCUCUUCUUCGCCGCUGCGUCAGGCCAACGAGCACCAGAUGCUGCCACCACUGACGCCCGUCAUCAAAAUGAAGCCUCCUGUCCGGCCUCCUCCCUCGGCCUCCCCCAACACCAACCUCCGCAUCCAUCGCGACAAGGUGCGCAACAUGCUGCAGUCCCCUCUCCGCCGGGUCACUGGAGUCGGCGAAGAUUGCAUCCCCUGGAGUCCCGCCUUCAACCUGGACGAUGCACUCUACGCCUUCGACGACGCGGCCACGACCACGACCGACUUCGACAUCUUCCAGGACAUGACGUCGGUGGAUGACACCAUGUUUCCGGGCAUGAACCCUCUGGACACGGGAUCGCCCAUCAAGCGCUCCGCCAAGCGCGCCCGAUGGGACCGGUCGGUGUCCACGUCUGCCCUCACGGACAUUACCAACUCGGGAAAGAAGAAGCCAGCGGCCUAUGUGCCGUUGCUCAAGUUUGCUGAGCAAUCACCUUCUCAGUUCCUGGAAACGCCAAGCAAGGCGUUUGAGGGCCUCGGGUCACCCUCGAAGCUCUUUGGCGAGUCGCCCCUCCGCAAUCCCUCGCCAAGCAGGUUCAUGCUCGACCUGCCCGGCGACGGCGACUGGCCCAGCCUGGCCAUGGACCCUAACGACUUCAUGUCUCAUGAUGUUUCCGGCGGCUCCGACUUUUCUGGACUGGACAUCUUGCAGGGGUUCGAAAAGAUUGGCUCCAACGCUCCGGCUUUCAAGCAGCCUAAGAUUCCCAAACCCGCCAUGGGGCGAAGCUACACGACGAGAUUUUAG